UUAUUUCAAAUUCUCUUCGGACGUCCCAGUGGUAGUGUUGGCUAUAAAACAAUACCAGAAGACGAAAAAGAAACAGCCUCAGACCUAAAAUCUAUAUGGGAUGCCGAAGGGAUAGUGAAAUACUCACUCUUGUUCUAUGGUUAUUAUGGGCACGAUAAACAAAUCGGUAACAGCUACAGACUGCCUCUAGCAUACAUGGUUAUAGGAUUGGCUGGAUUUGCCUUCAGUUUCAUCGUGGUACUGCGGCAAAUGGCAUCAAAUAGCAAAAGAAGCGGCUUUUCUAGUCAAGAGGAGAACUUUACAUUCUCCAGGAAACUAUUUAGUGGUUGGGACUAUACAAUUGGACAUCCUGAAACCUCCACAAACAAGUAUGCUUCCAUUGCCACAGGUUUUAAGGAAAGCAUUUUAGAGGAGAAGCAAAAGUCACAGGAACAAAAUAAAAAAAUACUGACACUGUUACGAAUAUUGGCCAAUGUCAUAGUUUUGAUGUUGUUAGCCCUUAGUACCUACAUUAUACAACUGUGUGUAGAACGAUCCAGAGGAGUAGAAAUAAGACACAGAAGAGACCACCUGGAAAUCGGAUUCUGGGACCAGCAAGAGCUUACUGUAGUGAUGACACUCAUAUCAACAUUGUUCCCAACUUUCUUUGAUAUCGUUUCCAUUAUGGAGAAGUAUCACCCAAGAGUAAAUCUGCGAUGGCAACUUGCAAGGUAA